AUGUUACAUCUAGGCCAAGAUUUGAAGUUGUUUCAGGAAAUCAAGCUUUCAAGGAAUAAUCCUAUUAUUUCCCAUCUAUUCUUCGCUGAUGAUGCUCUUGUCUUCUUCUGUGCUUCCUCUGCUGCGUGUUCUAACAUUGUCCAAAUUAUACAAUGGUUUACUAAAAUUUCGGGAGAGGAACUCAACCUUCCAAAAUCUCUGCUUAAGUUCAACCCGAAUAUUUGUAUCACAACUCAAGAGGACUUCAAAUUGAUUUUUUGGAUGACACAAGUUGAGGUUUUUGAUCAUCAUUUGGGGGCUCCUAUCGACUUCGUCGGCAAAAAGAGGGAUCACUUCCAAUUCAUCAUCGUCAAGAUUAUUGGAAGGAUUAAUUGCAUGAAUACUAUCAAGCUUUCCCAAUCGCAGAAGUUAAUAAUUAUUAACUUUAUUCUUGUAUUCAUGGCAUCUCAUGUUCUUUCCUGCUAUGAGCUUCCACUUUCUGUAACAGGUAAUGGCCGCUUAACUCUUGUUGGCUCAACUAAAUGGGUUAAUGGUAGCAUCCCUGAAUUCGAACCGGGAACUCUACUAUGCACGCCAGAGAAUUGUACUGUCAGUUAUUUUAUCCAUCUACAGACCCAAGGGUGGGACACUAAGAAACUCUCUCACUGGUUUCUGCCCUCGGAUGCUUCGGCUAUCCUUGCUAUGGAAUUACAAGAUACAACACAGGAAGACUUUCGAAACUGGACUAGUACCCCUUUAGGGAGGUACUCGAUGAAGACAGGUUAUGCAAUGCUUCAUCAUCAACUUCCUGGAGCUCUUGCAGCUUCAAGUGUAGGCUCUUUUAGGAAAAUUCUUUGGUCUUUAAUCUGCGGCGAUUCUACUGCUUCUCGCUCCUUUGCUUCUCAGUUUACGGAGGUCAUGACUUCUCAUACAAUAUUCCUCGACCAGGACGCUUCUGGUACCCUUUCUCCUGUUACGGGGGGUCAAGAGGGUACCUUGCCUCCACCUGGGUUUUUCGCUUCUCAUCUUGAUUAUCACCAUGCUGGGAUGGGGUGGUGCUUGGAUAAUGUGGACCCGUUGGAUUACCGGAUCGCUGGCGGAGGUAACUUCGGCGUUUUCUCUUCAGCCUUACAUGCAAAGGCAAUGGCGUGCUUGUAUGGAUUGCAAUGGGCUUCUGAUAGUGGGUUUCAGUGCCUCAUAGUCUUUACUGAUUCCUAUAAUCUUGUUUCGCUUCUUCGAUGGAUGGUCAAGUCUUUCAUUUUCCCUUUGAAGCGCACUCCACAUUCUCCAUUGAGGGGCCUUCUGAUAUUUGUAUCUUCCAUUGAAGCAGCUUCCGAGGGUUCUUCUAAACCCGAUUAUUGA